GCGCCCUAGGUUUGAAAUAGGAAAGUUGUCUCGGCUGCGGCAGCGGAUUUUGGAGUUCGGCUGUUGGUUGAAAUCGAUUCAGGUCUUGUGGGGCUGAUGGCUGGGCUCAGGCCUGCCGGAGAAGGUGGGAAUUGAGCUGGGCUCGAAACCCGCCUGUCGCGCCUUGUCUUACAAAAUGGUAGAUGAUGAACUGGCACUAUUUGAUAAAAGCAUAAAUGAAUUUUGGAAUAAAUUCAAAAGCACUGUCAAUGACACCUCCUGUCAGAUGGUAGGACUAAGAGAAGCCUACAAGGACUCCAUUAAAGCAUUUGCAGAAAAGCUGUCUGUGAAAUUAAAGGAAGAAGAACGGAUGGUUGAAAUGUUUCUGGAGUAUCAAAAUCAAAUCUGCAGACAGAAUAAGCUCAUUCAAGAGAAAAAAGAGAAUUUAUUAAAGUUGAUUGCUGAAGUAAAAGACAAAAACCAGGAAGUGGAGGCACUGACUGCAAAUAUCCAGGAUCUUAAGGAAGAAUAUGCUAGGAAGAAGGAAACUAUUUCCACUGCUAACAAAGCUAAUGAAGAGAGGUUGAAAAGGCUACAGAAAUCUGCAGACUUAUAUAAAGAUCGACUUGGACUAGAAAUUCGGAAAAUUUAUGGUGAUAAAUUGCAGUUUAUAUUCACUGAUAUUGACCCUAAGCAUCCUGAUCGCCCAUUUAUGUUUUCCCUGUGCCUAAAUGAAGCAAGGGACUAUGAAGUGUCAGAUAGUGCUCCUCAUCUUGAGUGCCUCGCAGAAUUUCAAGAAAAAGUAAGGCAGACCAACAAUUUUUCGGCUUUUCUUGCCAACGUUCGGAAAGCUUUUACUGCCCUGGUUUAUAAUUGAUACAUAAAUGGUGUGUAAAAACCGUUAUCCCUUUGUGUUUCUCUUUUUUAAAAAACUGUCAUUAUUCGAAGUUUGUCUAUAAUCUUUAUUUUUGUAACAUUUCUGUGUGCUGAUUUUUGUCAAUUAUUUUAAUUGAAAUCUUGGGAAAGAAGGUUUAAGUCGAGCUAUAAGAAGUCAUGGAUCAGUAAUGAUAAAAGAUGAAGGGAGUGAGUCCAACCUGUGGUUUGCAACUUCUAAAAUGCACUUCACAGAGUAAAUGCUAUCAUCCUAAUGUCUUAAAGGAAGGAAUGUUUUUAUCCUACACCAAGAGGGAUCUACAGUUAAAGGACAAACCUUUGUAUCAGAAGAAAGUUGGCAGUGUUCUAAAAUAUCUAGAAAAGGAUCUAAUUUUGAAAAUCCAAAUGUAGAAAAUUCGUAAGCAGUUUCCGUUUUGUAAUAUUUAGACUGGUUAGUUGUGGUCUAGACAUAUAUUUGACAUCUUUGGAGUCUAUUCAGUACAGACUAGAACUCAAUCAGUUUUCUUCUAGGAUUUCAUUUUUGUCACUAUUCUUUCCUUUUAAAUUUGGUUUUGUUUAGGUCUGCUGGCUUUAGUGGAAGACACAUAGUACUGUCUCAGGAUAUCUUGGGCACGCCUAAAAGCCGUGGAGCAGUGGCCUCCAUGCUUCUAGCUACAUUUGGCUUCCCCUUGUUGUCUGGUUGGGGGAGGUUAAGCCAGUUGUCUAGGUAGGGCUGGAGGGAGCUUCAGAGCACCAUCCCUCAGCUGCCUCUCAUGUCUAGGACUUGGCUCAGGGUUCUGCUCACAAUCGUAUAGCAGUGGAAUUUAUCUAAGAAUGCUGUGGACUAGUGGGAAUGUUAUUACUCAGCCAUUCCCAGUGUGCAGAGCAGCUUUUAGGUACCACCGAUUGAUACUAUCUCUGCAGAGAUGCAAGGCUGAUAAACUGCCCUGGAGAUUGGAGUGUGUGGUACAAAUUAUCAUCUUAUCCUGUCUUAGCAUGAGCUUGGCUAAAGAAGUAUUUUAACAGGCAGUUCAGUGAGCAGACUAUCCAGUUUUCCUAGGCAAACCUUCACAUUUGGCUUUAUUUUGUAAUAUACCUACAUUUAAAUGAAUAUAGAAAGCCAUAUUAAAACCCAGCUUUGGUUUUUAUGGACCUGGCUUGGUUUGGAGUUUAAAUUAUAUAAGCAGGAUCCAUUUCUUAGCUGUUUCUCCUGGGUUAAGAUUCCAUGUGGUGAACCCCAGCAAUUUCAAGCUCAUCUCAAUCUCUGAACCAAUCACUGGUGAUCAGAAGAGUAAAGUAUAUACAUUGGAUUAGGUUAGAUCCUCUGGAAACCCAGGUCUGGAGGUGGAUUAAGCAUGAUAACUGAGCUAAGAGUAGGGAUGUUAUUCUUUAAAUGGAAAUAGACACUAAAUGUUUAACAUAAAAAAGAUAGCAGAUGACUAUUAUAGUGAGUACAUAUUUACUGAAUUCCCUGCUUGAAAUAUAACAAGGAACAAAAAAUUUAAGAAGAUAUUUUCAUUCAUUAAAACUAGAGAAAAACCACAUAUCCUACCACAAAUUCUGGAUAUAAUGUUUUGAACCAUAGAGUGAAAAGGCACCAGGCAUUGAUUCUGAAAGAUCUUUUUUACCUGCAACUUAGAGAAAUGAAGAUUGGGGAUGAGAGACUUAAUGGGGAGCUCUCCGCUUAGAUCCAUGUCUCCUCAAGGACCACCAUUCUUCACUUCUAACUGGGGGUCCGUCUUGUCAAAGCUAUGGUUUUUCUAGUAGUCAUGUCCAGAUGUGAGAGUUGGACCAUGAAGAAGAUUGAGCGCCAAAGAAUUGAUGCUUUCAAACUCUGGUGCUCGAAAAGACUUGAGAGUCCCUUGGACUGCAAGGAGAUCAAACCAGUCCAUCAUAAAGGAAAGCAACCCUGAAUAUUCAUUGGAAGGACUGAUGCUGAAGCUGAAGCUCCAACACUUAGGCUGCCUGAUGUGAAGAGCCAACUCACUGGAAAAGACCUUGUUGCUGGGAAAGAUUGAGGACAGGAGGAGAAGGGGGUGACAGGAUGAGAUGGUUGGAUGGCAUCAUUCACUCAAUGGACAUAAGUUUGAGCAAACUCCAGAGAUAAUGGAGAACAGGGAACCUGGUGUGUUAUAGUCCACGGAGUUGCAAAGAGUGGGACACAACUGAACAAUAAUGACAAGCUUAAAUUUUAAAGUUUGAUACAUUAUGAAAAUUGUGCUUUGAAUGAGUAAGAAUACAUAUGAAAGGGAAACCAAGCUAGUCCAUUAAACUUCCUCUAUCCGUUUUAUUUAGGAUGGUAUGUUGUAAAAACAAAAUAAUAGUUUUCAGCAUUUAAAACCUUCCUGAUACAGAAAUAAAGCACAAGAUAUAAGAUACAAAGUACAAUUUCUUGAAUGGGAAAGAAAUAUGCCUAAGUAAUAAAACUAAUUGAAAUGGAAUCUCAGUGGGGUACACUAACCUAUUCCACAUUUUGUAAUAAAAUGGAACAAGAACUCUAAAACUCAAUCACUAGUUAAGUUGAAAAAACAGAAUCAGCACAAAAUCUGCUAAAAUGUAAGUUUUGAUUUCCCAUCUAAUGAGGAUUAGAAAAUGUUGCUUCUCCUCCAGUUCAGAGGAUUCUGAUACAGAGACAAUUAGUUAUACUUUAAUUUGUGUACCGUGACAGUGAAUUGCCUGUUUAGCUAUAAAGCUAGCAUAGUAUCUUUCCAGGUGGCUCAGUGGUAAAGAAUCCACCUGCUAACGCAGAAGAAGGAGACAUGGGUUCUAUCCCUGGGUUGGGAAGAUCCCCUGGAGGAGGAAAUACGACCCACUCAGGUAUUCUUGCCUGGAAAAUUUCACGGACAGGAGAGCUUGGUGGGCUACAGUCCAUGGGAUGGCACAAAGUUGGACACAAACAACUAAGCAUGCAAAAUAGCAUAGUAGCUAACAUACAGUAGAAACUUAGUAUUUGUCAAUGUGGAGCACAUUUCCAGACUCAGUAGAAAAUUAUUUAAUGGGAAAUUUACACCUUUGAAAAGGAGCUGACUUGUUCGGUAAUACUUACAGGCAUGCUGCUGAGAUGUCCAGCAAUUUUUAACAGGUGAAGACAGCUGUAUAGGUAGUUCUUGAAAAAAUGGCAGGCUAAUCAAGAAUAAGACUCUGAAUAAGACAAGGGUUUCAUCUUUGUAGAAAAAGUCUUGUCAAAAGUAAGUAAAAUGGAGAGUAUGCAAGCUAUUUCGAAUCAGCUCCUUUCAUAGUAUUGUUAAACAUGUGUGAAGUAUGAACAAUGUAUGAUGGGAUGUGUGAAGAAUAUUGGAGUUUAUAGACACGUUACUCUCCUUAUCAACUAGGCAAGCUGGAGGUAGCUGCUAGGAUAAGGUGCAACAAAUGGAAAAACUUCAAGGAAGAAAUUAUUUUACUCAGCUGCAUAGAUUUUUACAAAAAUUCAGAAAGAGGCAAUAUUUAAGGUUCAAGUAAAUGUGAUCUAUAUAAUGGUAAAUCUUGAAUAAAUGCUCUGUGUGUGAAAAAUUCUGCUUUCCAGCAUCAACAUGGUAACAUGAAAAGAUUUGAGAAUUAAGAUGUGGUCCAGUUGUUGCUCUGUUAUCAAAAUUGAUACAUGAUCUUGGACAAAUCAGUUAAUCUUUUUGAGCUUAAAUCUUCUCUCCAACCAAACUGCACUAUGUGUAAUUUCCCAAACUUGCCUUUUUUUGUUGUUGAGCAGGCCAAGGAAGUUUUCUUCUAUUUUCAGUUAAUUAAAAGUAAUUAUCAUAAAUGUUUGUUGCAUUUUAUUGUGUUUUUCUGUAUCUGUAUGGAUUUUCAUCUUGUAGCUGUUAAUAUGGUGAUUUAUACUAAUAGGUUUUUUAAAAAAGUUGAAUUAAACUUGCCUUCCUGGAAUAAAUCUUAGUCAUGGCGUGCAAUCUGUUUAGUUUUGGUUUUAAUAAUGCUAGAUUCAGUUUUGUGAAAUUUGCUUUAAAUUUUUACUUCUAUAACCAUGAAUUAGAUUGGCUUAUUAAUUUUCCUUUGUGUAUUAACAUCAUCUGAUGUUGGUAUCAUGGUUAUCCUUGGUCCCAGACCCUUGAAAAUAGUUGAGAUGUGUUCCUUUCUUGUCUGUUUCUGAAAAUGUUUGAUUAAGGGCUUAUGGCUUUCGAACACACAUAUAAAACUCUC